UCUGCUCUUUACUCAAAAGUCUCCACUCCGUUUCUCUUUCUAUUCUCCAUCCGUUCUCAUUGCCUCUCUCUUCUACACCCUAAGAAAACCCCCACCCCCACCUUUACUGAUACCAAGCUACAAUACCUGACUCAGAGAGAGAGGGUUUAAGCUCUUCUGCUCUUUGAGCGCCAUGGGUUCUCACGUCUAUGGUGUCUCCAAGCUCGUUUUCUUCUUCGCCAUCUUAUUAUCUGCAACGCAUUCCGCAUUGCCACCAAACCAUAUUUCUAAAUCUUCUUCUUCUGGGAGCUCAAGCCAGAUAAACUCCAAUUCGGUCCUCGUUGCCCUCCUCGACUCCCAUUACACCGAGCUCGCGGAGCUCGUUGAGAAAGCCCUUCUUUUGCAGACUCUCGAAGAAGCCGUGGGGAAACACAACAUCACAAUCUUCGCGCCGAGAAAUGAAGCUCUUGAGCGCGGGCUUGACCCCGAGUUCAAGCGCUUCCUGCUCGAACCCGGCAACCUCAAGUCCCUCCAAACCCUCUUGAUGUUCCACAUUCUUCCCACACGAAUCGGCUCUGACGAGUGGCCCCGUAACUCCUCCGGCUCGGUUCGGCAUCCAACCCUCUGGAAUGGUCACGUGCAUUUGAGAAGCCACGGUUCCGGAAAGAGAAUCAUCGACUCUGCCGAGAUUGUUCGCCCGGACGACAUCGUUCGCCCCGACGGCCUGAUUCACGGGAUCGAACGGCUGCUGAUUCCACGAUCCGUACAGGAGGAUUUCAACCGGAGAAGGAAUCUAAGGUCGAUUUCUGCGGUCUUACCGGAGGGUGCGCCCGAGGUGGAUCCUAGGACCCACCGGUUGAAGAAACCGGCAGCACCAGCACCAGCAGGUGCCCCACCGGUUCUUCCAAUCUACGACGCGCUGGCACCGGGCCCAUCCCUGGCUCCGGCCCCGGCGCCAGGACCCGGAGGACCCCACGGUCACUUCAAUGGAAUGCGCCAGGUCAAGGAUUUCAUCCACACUCUUUUACAUUACGGUGGAUACAACGAGAUGGCCGAUAUUUUGGUCAAUCUAACCUCCCUUGCCACCGAAAUGGGACGGUUGGUGUCCGAGGGAUACGUUUUGACCGUCUUGGCCCCCAACGACGAGGCUAUGGCUAAGCUGACGACGGACCAGUUGAGCGAGCCCGGUGCACCCGAGCAGAUAAUAUACUACCAUAUCAUACCAGAGUAUCAGACCGAGGAGAGUAUGUACAACGCAGUGAGGAGGUUCGGAAAGGUCCGGUACGAUACUCUGAGGUUGCCGCACAAGGUUGUGGCUCAGGAGGCUGAUGGGUCUGUGAAAUUCGGGCAGGGAGAUGGAUCGGCAUAUCUGUUUGACCCCGAUAUUUACACGGAUGGGAGAAUUUCUGUGCAAGGGAUUGAUGGGGUCUUGUUUCCAGCGGAGGAGGAGGAGGAGCUAAAGACAGAGAAGAAAGGCGUAGUUCCAGUUGUCAAGGUUGUCAACAAGCCCAGAAGAGGGAAAUUGCUGGAAGUGGCUUGUAGGAUGCUUGGAGCUUUCGGACAGGACUCUCAUUUCUCUACUUGCUAGUGAAUAUACGCUCUCUCGACAAAUCCCAGAAGAAAAAAUGAUCUCCCGGCCUAAACAAUUCAUAAAUGUUAUAGGAGAAUUCCAUGUAAGGCAAUGGAUGCAAUAAUAGUUGGAGGAGGGAGCGUUCACAUUGCAGAACUUGUUUGGAAACCCAAUAGAAGAUCGAAAGUUCGGUGUUUUUUUGUUUUUGUUUUUGUUUUUUUGAGGUUAUAAAUACUGUAAUUACAUCUCAUUUUUCUUUAAUUAUUUUUAUCUUUUUAUUCACAUUCUCUGUAUGAAUAAACAAGCUCCUAAGAGUUACAAAUUCCAUAACUCUCCUUUGUAUUGUUUUGUUUUA